AUGGCCGCAGCUAAGGAAAAGGCGUCGGCAUGCUGCAGCCGCGAUGCGCCCGCGCGUGUCGCUGGCGCCCCUGUCGUCCCCAUGCGCGCGAUCGCCGCGUCCCCGGUCGGCAAGGUCGUCGCCCUCGCCGCAUCGGCCGCAGGCACAAGCGGCGCCGUGAUCGAGGAGAUCGCCGCGGUCCAGCCCACCACAGCGAAGGCCUCCUCCAAAGGGAUACCAAUAAUGACAAGAGCACAGAGGUGCCACCCUUUAGACCCAUUAUCUGCUGCUGAAAUUGCAGUUGCUGUAGCAACUGUAAGAGCUGCUGGAAGAUCUCCUGAGGAAAGAGACAGCAUGCGCUUUGUUGAAGUUGUGCUGUUGGAGCCAGAAAAGAAUGUUGUGGCAUUAGCCGAUGCCUACUUCUUUCCACCUUUCCAGCCAUCACUGCUCCCUAGAAGCAAAGGUCUUGCUGUUAUUCCAAGCAGGUUACCUCCUAGGAGGGCCAGACUUGUUGUCUACAAUAAACAAUCAAAUGAGACUAGCAUUUGGAUAGUGGAACUAUCUGAAGUGCAUGCAGCUACUAGGGGUGGACAUCACAGAGGGAAGGUGAUAUCAUCUGAAGUUGUUCCAGAUGUUCAACCUGCAAUGGAUGCUAUGGAGUAUGCUGAAUGUGAGGCUACAGUCAAAAGUUACCCUCCAUUUAUUGAAGCUAUGAAGAGAAGAGGUGUGGAUGACAUGGAUCUUGUUAUGGUGGAUGCUUGGUGUGCUGGCUACUACAGCGAAGCUGAUGCUCCCAGUCGCAGACUUGGCAAGCCUCUGAUAUUUUGCAGAACUGAGAGUGAUAGCCCCAUGGAGAAUGGCUAUGCUCGUCCUGUGGAAGGAGUCCAUGUUGUUGUUGAUAUGCAGAAUAAUGCUGUGAUAGAGUUCGAAGAUAGGAAGUUGCCUGAGGGUCCAAGUUUCCGCAUUAAUGGCUAUUUUGUGGAAUGGCAGAAGUGGAACUUCCGUAUUGGCUUCACCCCUAAAGAGGGUUUGGUUAUCUAUUCUGUUGCUUAUGUUGAUGGUAGCCGUGGACGUAGACCUAUAGCACAUAGGCUGAGCUUUGUUGAGAUGGUUGUUCCUUAUGGAGAUCCAAAUGAACCACAUUAUCGCAAGAAUGCAUUUGAUGCUGGAGAAGACGGACUUGGAAAAAAUGCUCAUUCUCUUAAGAAGGGAUGUGAUUGCUUGGGCUACAUAAAAUAUUUUGAUGCACAUUUCACAAACUUCACUGGUGGUGUGGAGACAAUUGAGAACUGUGUUUGUUUGCAUGAGGAGGAUCAUGGGAUCCUUUGGAAACACCAAGACUGGAGAACUGGUUUAGCAGAAGUAAGGCGGUCAAGGAGGCUCACCGUUUCAUUUAUCUGUACAGUUGCAAACUACGAGUAUGGUUUUUACUGGCACUUCUAUCAGGAUGGAAAAAUAGAAGCAGAAGUAAAGCUUACUGGAAUUCUCAGUUUAGGGGCCUUGAUGCCUGGGGAAUCAAGGAAAUAUGGCACGACUAUUGCCCCUGGUCUGUAUGCACCAGUUCAUCAGCAUUUCUUUGUUGCCCGUAUGGACAUGGCAGUUGAUUGCAAACCUAAUGAGGCUCAUAACCAGGUGGUUGAGGUUAAUGUUAAAGUGGAAAGUGCAGGCACACAUAAUGUGCAUAAUAAUGCUUUCUAUGCUGAAGAGAAGUUGCUGAAGUCUGAGUUGCAAGCAAUGCGUGAUUGCGACCCUUCAUCUGCACGACACUGGAUUGUACGCAACACACGAACUGUAAAUCGGACCGGGCAGCCUACUGGCUACAGGCUCGUGCCUGGUUCAAACUGCCUGCCCUUGGCUCUGCCUGAGGCGAAAUUUCUGAGGAGGGCUGGGUUCUUGAAGCACAAUCUCUGGGUGACUCAAUACAAGAGCGACGAGAUGUUCCCUGGAGGAGAGUUUCCCAACCAGAAUCCUCGCAUACACGAGGGUCUGCCAACAUGGGUCAAGAAGGAUAGGCCUCUGGAGGAAACCGAUAUUGUUCUCUGGUACGUGUUCGGGCUCACCCAUAUCCCCAGGCUGGAAGAUUGGCCAGUCAUGCCGGUGGAGCGGAUAGGCUUCAUGCUCAUGCCACAUGGAUUCUUCAACUGCUCGCCUGCGGUUGACGUGCCUCCCUGCUCGUCCGAUGCGGAUGCCAAGGAAGCCGAGUCGCCCAAGGCCAUCCAGAAUGGCCUCAUUUCGAAGCUGUGA